AAGAUCGAAAUUCGAAUAUACGUAACCCGCGAAAAUUCAAAAUUCGCGAUACUUUUUGAACACACCUCGUAUGUCUUUGAUACGGUCGGCUAUUUCUUUUUACAGCUGCAUAUUGCGAUCAAUUUGGUAUGCUUCCGAGACACCUACUGAGGUUUGAGUGCUAAUUAUCUUAUAUACAUUUUUUUUCUGCAAUUUCUUUGUCCCUUUAUCUAACUAGGCGGAUGCAACGUCAUUAUCAACCAUACAUAUUGGAGGAUCAUGUGCAUUGAAACGGAUCAUGUUCGCACCGAUGUUUGCGACUUUUAUCUAACCGGUGCAUUCGUGUCAUCUAGUGGUAGCCAAAAUACCCACGCCUGUCUUAAAUCACCCUUCACGAAAAAUCAACUUCACAUAUCGGACGAUCAUGUACAUACCUUGAAAAUGGAGAAGGGGGAUCAUGUUAACGAUGCUUCUUCGUCUAACCGGUGCAUUCGCGUCAUCCAGCUGCAGCCAAGGUCUCGGCGCCUGAAUCAUUAUAUCGCGACUCCCAUGUAUCAAGGAGCAGCAUUAAAUAAAAGAUGCUCGUCUUACCUCUUUUAAAUUGUUUCACAAAACUUAGGUGUCAUGUAUCAAGGCAGAUAACGAAUUGGUCAGUUAAAAUUAUAUAAGUGCAUAUCCUUUGUUCAUCUGCAUAUUUCGCGCUUAUCGAUAACACCGGUCGGCUACAUAUGCAUGUAUGUACAUGUACUUUUCAAUCAUCUCCUCUUCCACUCACUCAUUCAAAUCUUCAUCCACCCAUUCUUCCCCCCCCCCUCAACCCUCACGCCCAUUCCCUUUCCUCCAUACUUCUAACCUUCUCAACCAUUCUUCUCCCUCCCCAUCCUCACCCAGCACAAUCCCCCUCAUCUCCUGCCAUCCUUUCCCCCAACUCACACAUUCCUCCCACACAUGCUCCCACGUUUCAUUCAUACGUUUACACAUCCUGCACCUCUUACGCUCAUCCUCCUCCAAGUGUCUGUUACCCCUCUUCCCGUUCCCUAAUUUAAAUCUUGCCACCCUUUGCCACCUACUCUCUCCCCACCCUUUCUUUAAAUACUCCGGAAUUUCCUUCCCCUUAAUCCAUUUAUACUCCCUAUUACCCUUCGUCUUCAUUAUUCUCUCCCAUCUUUCCUCCCUUUGCAUCUCUCUCUCCCUCUUAAUCAGACUUUUAUAUUACUCCCCACUGUAUCCCCCCAACCCCUCCCACUCCUCUCAUCCCAAAAAAUCCCCUUCUUUCCUUCUCCUAUUCUGACAUACUUUUCUUUCCUCUACUUCUUGUUUUCAAUUCCUCCUAACACCUCUUGCUAGCUCGCUUCCUCUUCCUUCCUCCAACCUUUUUUCAAACCUUAUUGCCCUUAUUCCCGCCCUUUCCCUUAACUUUUCUCUCUGUAUUUCUUCUCUUACCAUGUACCCCCGUGUCCCCCAAUUUAUCCCCAUCAUCCAUUUCAGGAAUCUUUCAUGUAGUCUUUCCAAUGCUUCCCUCUCCUUCCAUCCUCAUAUUUCUACCUCAUAACCUAUCACCGGCCAUACCAGCAUGUCAAAUAACCAGUACAGUCUACUCCAGUCCCCCUUAAACCUUCUUUUCCCAAUUUCCCAUACUUUUCCCAUUAUUGCUGCUCCUUUCCUUAACCUUUCCCUCACCUGUGCCCCCUGCCCACCAUUGCUUUGCACUACGUAGCCCAAGUAGAAGAAUUCUUUUACCUCCUCUAUUGCUUUUCCCUUCCAUCUCCAAUUCACUUUCUUUUUCCUCCCCCCCCCCUUCUUUCCUGAACCUCAUUAUUCUCGUCUUGCCCACAUUAAGUUCCAAUCCUUUUCCAUCUAAGUACCUCUCCAACCUAACCAGAAUGCUUCUCAUAUCAUUCUCCUCCUCCGUCAACAGCACCAUAUCGUCUGCAUACGACAAAGAGUAAACUUUUUUUUCCCCCAGUUUAACUCCCUCCCAACCACCUUUUCUUAUCACUUGCUCCAGGUCCACCGUUAACAAGUUGAAUAAGGUCGGACUCAGGGGACACCCCUGUCUCACCCCCUUUCCCGUCCAGAAACACUCUCCAAGAUUUUCUCCUAUUCUCACCCGGUUCCUUGUUUCCUCCUCACAUCUUACCACCAGCCUCUCUCUAACCCCUCUAUCCUUCAUUGCCUUUGCCAAUAUCCCUCUUUCCACACAAUCAAACGCGGCCCUUAGAUCCACAAAGAGCGCGACCAUUUUUCCUCCCGGCUUGCUGACCUGCCUGUUUAUCAGAUAGUUUAGCACAUAGAUCUUAUCUAUCGUCCCUAAACCUUUUCGGAACCCCGUUUGGUUCUGUGGAAUCAACUUUUUUUCCUCUACCUCUACCUUCAACCUGUCCGCUAGCACCGUCGCAUACACUUUAUAUAGCGAAGAUGUCAGCGACACUCCUCUGUACUCCUCCACGCUUAUCCCCUCUCUCUUUUUCACGAUCGGAACGAUCACCCCAUCACUCCACUGCUCAAUCCAUCCUUCGCCCCUUCAGAUCCUGUCACAUAUUCCCAAAUCGCUCCACUUUCUCCCCCCCCCCCGUAUUUCCACACUUCAGCCGGAAUCCCAUCCGCUCCUGCAUGCCUAUUCUGUAACUCGUUAAAAAGAUAGUGACAAUUAUCGUUACGUUAACGUUAUCGAGAUUCCUCGCUUGCGCUACCGACGGCCUAGGGAAAUCGGUAUUCCGUAACUGCGGAAAGCGAGUUUGAGUCGUUACAUGAUGCGGUAACGAAUGUCAAUAUCGACGUCUAUGUGUUCUUAAAAGUAUCACGAAAAUUUUACUUGUCGGCCAAUCGGAAAGCGCGUAUUCCGCUGUGCUUGGAAAUUCCAAAACGCAUAAGACGCACAUGUGGUACUCUUAUUCAUAAAACUGCUUGUUGUUUGUUUACGAGUGAACGUUGUGUAAAUUAUUCGCAUUUUCUUAACGGUACUGACUUGAGAGUACUUGAGAGAUAGAAACCAAAUAGAAGAAAGCACAUUUUUACCACUGUAAAUUAAUCUUGGUUUAAUUUACUUUUUAUCUUUCUCUAAAAAUUAGAAAAAGGUAAAAGUAAAUUAAAGCAAGAUUAGUUCUACACUAGUAGAAACGCAUUAAAAACAAAAAAAGAAAUAAUCCGAUCAGAAGAACAAAUAUAAAAAAAUGUCACAACCAGCGAAAAAACAGAGACAGGGACGAGCUACAAAAGACCAAGUGGAGGCAAUGGUGGAUUAUUUUGUUAUUAAUCCCCAUGUCGCUACAGGUAAAUUUAUAUUGUUACAAGGGCGAGCAAGUCUUGAAGAAAUAUAAUUGUAAAUAAAUAAUUGUAAAUAAAUAAUUGUAAUUGGGAGAAACUCGCACAACAACAUAAUGCUAUAUCAAAAAAUGGAAAGGAGAAAGAUGUUGCUUCUUGGAAAACUACAUGGAGGGAUUGCAAAACAAAAGUCUCGGAUAAAGUUUCAAAAUUACGUGCUGCUCGUGCACAGACAGGUAAUAGCAUGUUAAAAACGACAUAACAGAAAUGGACAAAAAGAUAUUAGGCAUUAUUAGCUAUGAUUUUGCUGAAGGAGUGAAAGACUCAUUUGAUAGCUUCCCAGAAGAGCAGGAAUGUAUAAAUAAAGUGCUAGCAUCAGGAAACACAGAUAUAUUUGAUGAGGCACCUGUUAUCCUGUCAUGUUGUACAAAUGAUUUACAAGCAGUUGAAGAAUUUGAUAUUCAAAACAUUCCCACAACAUCUGGAGAAUUAAAUCAUUUUAUCAGUGACAAUGAUAAAUCCUGCAACGAAAAUAAUAUAUCAGAAAGACUAGAACCUAUAUCUACAACUACACCUAUUUCUGUCCCUACAAAAACAAUUUCAAAAAGAAGGAUCAAUACGGAGAAACUUGGCGUGCAAUUGUCAGAGGCCAGAGAAACUUUCCAGGCGAUUGAAGAACAGAAUGUUCAAAUAAUGAAAUCUUUAGCCCGAAACAUGCAGAUGCAAGCAGAAGCAUCAUUUAAGCUUGUAGAUGCUGCUUUAAUAAUAGCUGAAAACGACAGAAAAAGGAACGACAUUAUUGAAAGAAUGAUCGAAAAUGACCGUGUAAGAAAUGUGUUGCUGGAGAGCCUCACUCGAAUUCUAGAAAAUUUACUUCCAAGAAGAUAAAAUAACAUUGUUACCGAUUAGAUCGUCUGGGCGUACCGGUUGGAAACGUAGUUAGUAACAAGAACGCGUGUGGCGCUACGUCGGUUUUGUGAGACAUGGCGGAUGAAGAAGAUCGUCGCACAUGGCGAUCCGUUGAAAUAAAGUUGUUACAU